UUGGCCUUCAAAUUAUGCUUAGACUUAGUCGUUUAAAUUCCAGGCACUUCAUUCUUCGUAUGUAAAUUUCUUAUUAUCCGCCGUUAAUCCUGCAGCCCUAGUUUAUUUUUCUUAUCAACAUCAAGCCAUGCUCAGAGCUUUGAGUACAGGAAGAAGCUACCGCAAGUAUGAACAGGUAGGCGACGAUCCUGCAAUCGGCCUUACGGAAGGAAGAUUGAAGAGGGCUUCAACUGUUCCAGCUUCUCGACUUUCUGUAUUUGGCUCUUCAACAAAUCCAAAAGCAGAGGCUGAGUUCGCAGUUGCAGACAUUCCUAAGGCUAACAAGGUGAAGCCCGCCAUGGAGGUCGUCAAGGCUCAUCCUCUCUUCAGUCUUUUUGACCGCCGACGGAAGAAGAAGACCACUGCUAAACCAGAAUUCGCCAGGUACUUGGAGUAUGUAAAGGAGGGAGGGAUAUGGGAUGUUAAUUCCAAUUUGCCAGUCAUUCAUUAUAAAUAGAGAAAUAUUUGCUUGCUUUUCGGAUUCUUUGUUUCUCUGGGAGAUUGCAGUUUAAGAAUCCGAGCCAAAAAUGGCCAUCAUCUGUGUCUUGAUUUUAUGUUUUCAAUCUUGCAUGUGGCUUCGUUAUAAGCUACUCAAUCAGGGUAAAUGCAAAGUAUUGCUCGGUUGCUUGGCUCAAAGUUAAAGAUUCAAUUUGAAUUGAGGUAGUUUAAUUAUAAUCAGUGCUCGGUUUGAUUCAAA